UAGGACACCGACGCGUUCAGUUCGUUUCGCAAUAAUAUUUACUUGUUUUCAUAAAAACAAUAACCUAAAACCAUAAAUAUACAUACAUACAUUCACGCAUAUUGUAUGCACAUUGCACGAAAGCAACAUUGGCAUUUGACAAUCUGGGUAACCUUUCAAACGUAAAUGAAGCGUCAACAUGGGUGAUAUGUUCCGCAGUGAAUCGAUGGCCUUGUGCCAAAUGUUUAUACAACCGGAAGCGGCGUACUCCUCUCUGGCCGAACUGGGCGAAAGUGGUUGUGUGCAAUUUCGUGAUCUAAAUGCGCAAGUCAGUGCUUUUCAACGUAAGUUCGUUACAGAGGUCAAACGUUGUGACGAAUUGGAGCGUAAAAUACGUUACAUCGAAAAUGAGCUACGCAAAGAUGACAUUAAAAUGCCCGAAGUGCUAGACGAACCGCAACCACCAUAUCCGCGCGAAAUCAUUGACCUGGAAGCACAACUGGAGGCGAUUGAAAUGGAAAUACGUGAACUUGCCGGCAACAAUAUUGGUUUGCAUGCGAAUCAGCAAGGAAUGCUCGAACUAAAGUCCGUGCUUGAGAAUGCGGAUGAUUUCUUCUCCGACACGGAAGUCAUCAAUAUGAAUGCACAUCGUUUCUCAGAUGCCGCAGAGUACGCACCGCCGCUGCCCGGCCAGCAACGCGGCGAGCUGGGCUUCGUUGCCGGCAUCAUCAACUUGGAGCGAUUCUUCUCAUUCGAACGCAUGCUGUGGCGCAUUUCGCAUGGCAAUGUAUUUCUGAAGCGUAGCGAUCUCAGCGAACCAUUGAUCGAUAUGGAAACGCACACACCGACAAUUAAAACCAUCUUUGUCGCCUUCUUCCAAGGCGAUCAACUCAAACAACGCAUUAAAAAGGUUUGUGCUGGCUAUCAUGCCGCACUCUAUCCCUGUCCCAGCUCCUAUGCGGAACGACAGGAAAUGAUAAAGCAGGUUCAAGUGCGCUUGGAAGAUUUAAAACUGGUUCUUAGUCAGACCGAGGAUCAUCGUAGUCGCGUGUUGGUUGCAGCCUCACGUAAUUUACCCAGUUGGAUAAUAAUGAUUACGAAGAUGAAAGCCAUCUAUCACACGCUGAAUCUGUUCAACAUGGAUGUGAGCAACAACUGUUUGAUCGGUGAAGGUUGGGUGCCGGUAUACGAUUUGCCAGUUGUGCGUGACGCGCUGGCUAGGGGUUCGUCAAAAGUAAACAGCACCAUUACCUCUUUUCUAAAUGUGAUCGAGACCAACGAACAACCGCCAACAUACAAUAGAACGAAUAAGUUUACACGCGGCUUCCAGAACCUCAUUGACGCCUACGGUUUGUGCUCUUAUCGCGAGGUUAAUCCGGCUCUCUACACUUGCAUUACAUUUCCCUUUUUGUUUGCGGUGAUGUUUGGCGACUUAGGGCAUGGCAUCAUAGUGUUACUUGUUGGUUUCUAUAUGACUUGGAAUGAAAAGAAGCUGUGCAAGCGCAAGGGUGAAAUAUUUAAUAUAUUCUUUUCGGGUCGCUACAUUAUACUUCUUAUGGGCUUGUUUGCCAUGUAUACCGGCUUCGUCUACAAUGAUGUCUUCUCCAAGUCCAUGAACAUUUUUGGCUCAGCAUGGCACACAGAUUACGAUAACUCAACUGUUUGGUCAAAUUCAGAAUUGACAUUGAACCCUACCAACAAUUUAGAUGGCGUCUAUACGUAUGGACUGGAUCCAGUAUGGGCAUUGGCUGACAACAAAAUCAUUUUCUUGAAUACAUACAAAAUGAAAAUGUCCAUUAUAUUCGGGCUCGUGCACAUGAUUUUUGGCGUUAUAUUGUCUUUUGUUAAUUUCGUGCACUUCAAAAAGUAUGCACGCAUUUUCUUAGAAUUCUUGCCACAGCUGCUUUUUCUGCUCCUGCUAUUCGGCUAUCUGGUAUUCCUGAUGUUCUUCAAGUGGGUGCGUUAUUCCGCCAAAGCUACCGAGCAGGCGCUAACACCUGGUUGUGCACCCUCCAUUCUCAUAUUGUUCAUCAAUAUGCUGCUUUUCGGACACAAUGAGCCACAGGAUGGUUGCAAGGAGUAUAUGUUUGAGGCGCAAGAAACCAUACAGUUAGUGCUGGUGGUGGCAGCAGUCAUUUGCAUACCAUGGAUGUUGUUGGGUACUCCGUUGCUGGAGGCGUAUAAGCGCAGUAAAAGAAUGAAAGCACCAACAGCAAAUGACACUGCAACAACAGCAAAUGGCACUACAACAACAGCAAAUGGUAGUACAUCAACAGCGAACACAGCACCUAAACCAGCUGCUGGCGCACAUGGCGCGCAUGGCGCUGCUGAGGAGCCGAUGGGUGAAGUCUACAUUAAGCAAGCCAUCCACACUAUCGAAUAUGUGUUGAGUACUAUCUCACAUACAGCCUCCUAUCUUCGUUUGUGGGCAUUAUCGUUGGCGCAUGCGCAGUUGUCAGAGGUUCUAUGGCAAAUGGUACUUCAAAAAGCCUUUCUUCUGCAAACGUUGGUCUCUCUUCCGAUGCCAUGUUUUGGAAUUGUCCUUUACAUUAUCUUUGCCCCAUGGGCAUUUUUCACAGUCGCCAUUCUCGUUGUUAUAGAAGGAUUGUCAGCAUUUUUACAUACGCUACGAUUGCAUUGGGUCGAAUUCAUGAGCAAAUUUUACGAUGGCUUGGGUUAUGCGUUCCAACCCUUUUCGUUCAAAGCCAUACUGAACAGCACAAAUGAGGACUAA